GAUUUGAUUCUUCUUUUAAAAAAACAUUUUCUGAGUUUUGUGUUUCGGUUCCAACAACAAACGACACAACAAAAAACAUCAUCGUACUAGUCUACUGUAAUAACCAUGGUGAAGACCAACGUGGAACAACAACCUGCGGCGGAACGAAGUGAUUCGAUUUACCGAGGAGUGAGGAAGAGGAAAUGGGGGAAAUAUGUGUCGGAAAUCAGACUACCUAACAGCCGUCAGAGAAUAUGGUUGGGCUCUUAUGACUCUGCUGAGAAGGCGGCGCGUGCAUUCGACGCGGCUAUGUUUUGCUUACGUGGCAGUGGUGCUAGGUUUAAUUUUCCGGGUAAUAUUCCGGAGAUUCCUGGAGGAAGGUCUAUGACUCCUUCUCAGAUUCAGGCCGCAGCAGCCCGUUUUGCGAAUUCGUAUGUUCAUGAUUCGGAUCCGGGUCAACCCGAAAAUAACACGGUGGAGGUGGAGUCUUCUUCAUCGGAGGGAGCUGCAUUGUUGAUUCCUAUGGAAUCAGAAUCGCAGUCUCCGGCUGUUUCGGAUUCGACAUUUCAGACGGAGUGUGAUUCGAAGCAAAACGGGUUGUUUUCGGAUUUGUUUGCGGUAAACGGGUCGAGUAAUGUCGAACCUGAUUACUCAAAUUUUCCGAGUUUUGAUGAUUUUGGAGGAGAUUUUUAUAUCCCGGAGUUUCCUAAUUAUGAUUAUGGAGAAGAGAAUUUGGAUGGAUUAAUAAUUAACGAUACUUUUUUAUGGAAUUAUUAAGAAUUUAAGGAUAGGUAUAGGGUCGGGUUGGGUUGGUUGUGGAUAGUUUUUGUUUAUCCAAAAGGCUAAUUCCGGAUCAUCGAUUCGGGUUUGGGUUGGUCAAUUUUUUAUAGGAUCAAUCCUUAGGCUAAUUUAGUACCAGAAAUAUUAUUCACUUGUAAAGUUCUAAGCUUAUGUAAUUUUAUUUAUCAUUCAAUGAAUUAUAGUGAUUUUCCAUAAUUAGAGUAAUGGCCAGUUCCAGUAAUUAACACA